AUGGGCGUGUUGUUGGAAGCAAAAGGAGACGAAAAAUCAGAGUAUAAGAUCACCAGGGACCAGAUCAAGGCUUUGUUCGUGGAGCUUUUCCUUGGAGGCACGGACACGUCGAAGCAAACAAUACAGUGGACAAUGGCAGAAAUCAUUAACAAUCCUAGCACUAUGGAGAGAACGAGAGAAGAAAUCGAUUCCGUCGUAGGGAAAUCAAGGUUGAUUCAUGAAACAGACCUACCAAACCUGCCUUAUUUGCAAGCGGUGGUCAAAGAAGGGCUAAGAUUGUAUCCGCCAAUCCCUGUCUUCGGAAGGAGGCUCCAAGAAGGAUGUGUGAUGGGUGGGUUCUAUGUCUUUGUAGUUAAUGGUUAUGCUGUGAUGAGAGAUUCUGAUUACUGGGAAUAUCCUGAUGACUUCAAGCCAGAUAGGUUUCUAGCUUCAGAACAAGAAGAUGCCACAAAGGAGAAAGUAGUACUCAAGUUCCUUCCUUUCGGUGGCGGAAGGAGAGCAUGUCCUGCAAAAAAUCUAGCUUAUAUCUUUUUAGGAACAUCGAUUGGAAUGAUGAUUCAGUGUUUCGAUUGGAAAAUAGAAGGAGGCAAGGUUAACAUGGACGAGACUUUCGGGAAUGGUCUUCACAAUGGCUCAUCCCCUUAAGUGUACUCCUAUUCCUCGAGAUUUACCUUUAAUAAAAGGUCC